UAGUUUUAAUUUAAACAAUUUUUUUUUUUAACCAAACUAUUUUUUUUGCGUAGCGAAUUCUCCCAUCACUAACGCAAUAUAUAAAGAAUAUACUAACUGCGGAAGUAUAAGAUUUUGGUAGUUUUUUUUUGAAAACUAGUAUAUUGUGAAAUUCAAGUUGCGGUCACGCUGCUGGUGAAAUAAAUAUGCAACAGAUGAUUUCAUUACAAUUGUAACAGUUAGUAAGGACGGACUAAGUAAAUAUCGUUAGAAUUGCUUCCGUACAAAAUGGCAUUGCCGUCGACAAAAGCAACAACAGCGACGACAACACACGCAGUUGUGCAGGCUAUUGAGACCUAUAUUCAGAACCAGAAUCUGCUAGGAGAGAUCGCUGAACUGGACGAGUUGCUGAAUGAUGUGAUUGAUUUACACAAGGAUAACGAAUUGGCGCUUAAACGUGUCGUGCAAUGCAUCUACAAUUUGCUGCAGACCAACAAUAAGUACAACGUUAAAUUCGGCGCUAAAGUCUUUCACAAACUCAUUGCAAUUGUUGUUGCCAACAACAAGAGUUUCGGCCGUCAGCUGGUGGCCAACGUGUUAAUUUGUGUACAGAUUUAUGCUCGUAAAUUCCCCCGAAUUGAUGGCAAAUUCCUGCUGCAACAGCUCUGGGCUUUGAGUUUGAGUAACGAGCGCCAGCCAAAUGCCCCCCAAAUCCUGGUGUAUUUGUUUGACGACUUUGUUCGCCAGCUGGGUGUAGAGUGUGUUUGCUGCUCCAAUGAACUCCAGCUGGUUAUCAAAGGUUUACUGCAGUCCGAGGGUCGUGAGUUUCGCAAGGCAGCCUACUUUCUAAUGAGGAAACUGAAUAAUUCCAACAGCGAUGUAAAAGCACUUGAUGCUCUGAUUUGUACAGAGCAACAGUGGUCCUCAUAUGUGACCAUAAUGGAGAGCUUGGAGGAGCAACAGUCGCAUUUAAUGCUGCCAACACUUGCUACUUUGAUGCCGCGCAUCACAUACCGAUCCAAGAGUAAUCUAGAUAACGAAUGGAUCACCUGGGUGCGCAUUUUGUAUGCGAGACUGCUGCAGGACAAUAACAUAUUGGUGCUUCGCUGGACUGUUGAAUACUUCUUAACCCAUUUUGGUGUGUCUCAAUUGUGUCAGGUCAAUUUGCUGCCCGAGUUUCUAGCAGCAACAAACAGAACACAGCUCUACAAUGUGGAAUGUUACAUUGUGCCUACCUUCAAGAUCAAUAAUUUUGUGCCCCAAGAAGAGAUGGAUGUAUUUUUGCGAGCCCUUGCCACAGUUCCUUGGCACUCAGUUCCUCUGCUCUUUUGGCUAAACCACAUAACACCUCAAAGUGGCACAAUUUCUAAAAAAAUUCUGUUCAAGCUAAGCUCACGGGUACGCACUUUAAGAAAUACAAAGUUAAGAAGAAUCGCCAAUAAUCGUGUAUUUGAAAUCUUCGAGGAAACUAUCAACAGCUUGACUUUGCGUGAUUAUUUGGUGUUCAUCGAGACUAUUUUUAAUGUCAAUGAUGGAUAUUACCGUGAUCAUGAACGCUUGAUAAUAAAGCUACAAAAUUGCGAGAGUAUUGACGAAGAUAUAUUAUUAAGUAAACGUUCCUACGAAAUAAUUGUAGAUGAUUCCCAUAUCAACCUCUUAGUACCUGAGCUCAUUCGACACCUUGACAGACUUCCAAAGAAACUCCAUGGAUGGUGGCGUUUGUUUCCAUUAUUUCAUUUAAAUCACUUGGAUCCAAGUGUACAGAAGAUGUGCUGGAACUUUUAUAGAACUCAAUACGAUGUAAAGUCUGACAUAUUACAAAAAGGCAGCGACCUCGAAAAGGUGCAAGAACAUUUAAUUUGCCAACUCGACUGUCAAACGAAAGAGGAAAAAUCGUUUGUAAAGGAGAAGUGUGUGGAUUGGUUUGUCGAGGCAAAUCUGCAAUGCUGGAGUCAAAUUCAAGAGUUACAUUUGAAGCCUCUUGAACUUCUAGAACGUGGAACGAGAGCAACAUUUGUGUGGUUAGCACAACUGUUGAAUGACACUGACACACCAGUCGAAGAUAAUGAGAAUAUAUUUAAUGCUUUAUUAAAUAUGCUGCAGAAAUAUAAAAACUCUGAAUACGCAGUGAAAGCACUAUUAAAUUAUGCAUCUAAACAUAUGAAUAAUGUUGAUAUUCAGAAACUGGCUGAAAAGAUUCUUAACUAUCGAUGCCAACACACAACCAAGGCACUUUUAGCAAAUGUAAAAACAUUAGGAGUUUCCUCGGUUGUGAAAGGAAUUCUUCUUGGUGACAUCAGUACUGGAGACGCACGAAUUGAGGCAGCUUAUACCGACAGCAUCGUGCAGAAUCCUUUUGAUGAAAUAGUUAUACGAGAUCAAUACAUUUGGUUUGGUAUGCAACAGCCGGAUGAAGAAGUAAAUGCAAUAAGUGAUCAACUGCUACUCGUCAAUAAACAGUUGACAGAAAAAAAGCCCCGAUAUUUUGAGAAUUGUAGAGAGCACAGACUAAAGAUGAGGAUCGCAAGAGCAUUGUUACUGAUGCAGGACCAUAUUAAUUGGUCACAAGAGUUGUGGAAUACAUUAUUGGCUCCCUGUGAUCAGCUAAAUAUAAGCUACAUGUAUGAGUGCCUCGUGGCCAGGCUUUUGCCGAGCCUUCAAUACUUAUUGGAACAAAUACAGCAAAUAGAACAACUGAAGCCAACUCAGCAAGUUUCGAUAAUUUCCGUAAUUCACCUAUAUUGCUUGCACAACUGGAAAAACCUUCAAACGGACGACUUGGAAAAAAUCUCCAGUUUCCUGUUGCCUCAUACGAUGGGAGCUCAUUUUCAAACACGUCUCCUGGCUCAGUUAGUUUUACAUAAGAUUGCCGUAAAAUGUAAAACUUCAGGCAUACAUGUGCCCAAUAUCGAAGUUUUGAGGUCAGGCAUAGCAAUGACAUUGGGAUCGAAAUUAACUAAGUUUGAGCAGGAAACUCGCAUUAUCUUAUCCGACGUCAUGUUGCACCCUGCUACUUCCGCAGAUCUUAUCUUAUAUAUGACAAAUGCGCCAUUUGAUGAGUACGAUAAAACAAUCAACAUCCCAGAUAAUAUUAAAAUAAACAUCGAUGCCUAUCGAAAGACGGUAAUAACUAGAAAGAAUCCACUAACCGUAGCACAUCAAUUGCCAAUGGAAAUGACCAAUUUAAAUGUACAGAGAAAGGCGAAUCCUGUUAAUGAUAUAUUUAACACGAAUGAAAAUAUUACAAAAGAAGCGACGCCAGCAGAACAAAAUCUUAUUGUGGUAGCCUCCCUAAUAGAUAAAUUACCCAAUCUAGGAGGAUUGGCUCGCACCAGUGAGGUGUUGGGAGUGACAACAUUGGUAGUAGGUUCAAAGUCUAUUGUUGACAAAACCGAUUUUACAAAUUUAAGCAUGACUGCCGAGAAGAGCCUAAAUAUAUUGGAAGUAAAGCCCGAUAAUCUUUCUGAAUUCCUCAUUAAUAAACAGUCUAUGGGAUACAAAAUUGUUGGUGCAGAGCAAACAGCUCAUAGCGUUAGUUUUGUUGAUUUUAAAUUUCCAGAGAAAUGCAUUUUAUUGUUGGGUCAUGAAAAACAUGGAAUUUCUGUGGAUUUGAUUGCCCUCUUGGAUUUUGCUGUCGAAAUCCCGCAAUUUGGUGUGGUGCGGUCUCUAAAUGUUCACGUGACUGGUUCUUUGUUUAUUUGGGAAUAUUGCAAGCAGCAUUUAAAUAAAUAAAUGCUGAGUAAAUGA